AUGUCAAUGCUAGGAAGGAGCAUAGCAGCUCCAUUGCUGAUUCUUAAUUUCAUUAUGUAUUGUGUUGUGUUGGGUUUUGCUAGUUGGUACCUUAACAAGUUAAUCGAUGGCCAAACUUACGGUUAUGGAGGGAAUGGCGCAACUAUGUUCUUCGUGAUCUUCUCCAUACUAGCCGGUGUCCUCGGCGUGGCAUCAAAAAUUGUAGGGGCCAGCCAUAUCGGCGCUUGGAGGACGGACAGUUCAGCUUCAGCAGCAGCAGUAGCAAAUGUGGCAUGGGCUGUGACCUUGCUAGCAUUCGGGUUGGCAUGCAAGGAGAUACACAUAGGAGGGUUCAGAGGGUGGAGGCUAAAGGUCUUAGAAGCAUUUAUAAUAGCCCUAACAGUCACCCAAUUCCUCUAUCUCUUGCUGCUUCAUGGUGGUGUUUUUAUUAGCAGUCUUGGUCCGGGGAGAGACGACCACGUUGUGAGAGGGCCGGGUGGAGCCAAUGCUUGAUGUAGCAGCAGUUUUGAGCUAACUUAUAUGGAAUGGUUUGCACAAUAUUCAAUCUUUGUGCUAUGUAUG